UUUGAAACCUAACCACGAUUAUAUUUAAACCAGUUUGGUUUUAGCGAUAAUUUUGGUUAUUUUUAUACAAUAUAGGUCGAUGGUUUUAAACCAUUUGACACAGAACAUAAGCCUUUUGAGCACGGGACCUGCAAAUGAGUUUAAAAAGUCUAUUGCGCUAUGCUUAUCUAAUUACCUGUUAUCAACAUAACAGUGUUGUCAAAAUUGACAGUUUAUAAAGAAAAAUGUCAAAAUUUGUGUAAUAAAAUGUUGAAUAGUUUUGUGCCCCGGUCGGAGGAAUCAUUACACCGUGUAAUUUACAUGAUAGAUACCCAAAACGAAACAGACAUAUAGGUGAAAAUGAAGGUGCGAGAAUCGCAGAGUGAAAAUCAUACGUGAGUGUGGUGUACACCAUUCGCAUGCGCAUGCGCUCGCGGUGGCGAUGGCGAGCUAGGGCGUGCGGUGCGGUGUGGUCCUCGACAGUUAAUAUAUCCGGCAAGAAUUUGUUGGUUUGCACAAUAGUAUCGAUAGCGUGGCUUGCCGGUUUAGAAGACACUUGUGCAUUGUUGUUUGUUGGAAUAUAGUGAGUGUAUGUUAGUAAAAAUGCAGGAGUACACACAAGUCACAUCGCCCAACUACUCGUUUCUGUUUAAUUUCGAAUCGGAUUUUAUUCAUGAAAAAAGCCAUGAGUGGAUGAUAGACAACUGGACAUGGGGCUUCUACUAUUGCGGGAUCUACAUGAUCCUUAUAUUCGGCGGGCAGUUUUUGAUGCAGAACAGACCCCGGUUCGAUUUGCGAGGUGUUUUAGUCAUUUGGAACACGAUGUUGGCAACGUUUAGCAUCGUCGGUGCUAGCAGAAUGGUGCCGGAGUUCUUCCACAUUCUCACCCAACACGGGAUCUAUCACUCGGUCUGCGUGCCUUCGUUCAUCGAACUGGACAAAGUAUCCGGCUUUUGGACGUUUAUGUUCGUGCUCAGCAAGCUUCCGGAACUCGGAGACACGAUCUUCAUUGUGCUUAGAAAACAGCCCCUGAUCUUCCUCCACUGGUAUCACCACAUCACCGUCCUCCUCUACUCGUGGUUUAGCUACACGGAAUAUAGCGCCAGCGCCCGUUGGUUCAUUGUGAUGAAUUACUGUGUCCAUUCGAUCAUGUACUCCUACUAUGCCCUUCGAGCCAUGGGCUAUCGUCCACCCAAACAAAUUUCCAUGGUUAUAACUUUCCUUCAACUCCUCCAGAUGGUUAUUGGUUGUGCAGUAAACUUCUGGGUUCUUCAGCUGAUCCAAGGUGGAGCCAAGUGCCACGUAACCCCACUUAAUAUUAAGCUUUCAAUUGCCAUGUACUUUAGUUAUUUUAUGCUAUUUGCCAGGUUCUUCUACAAGGCCUACUUGUCUGGAGAGAAGCGCACAACGAAAAUGCCAACUGGCUCUGACUACCCCCUGUCAAAAUCCAAAGUACAUUAGUGUUUUAAUGUAGCCAAAAUGAACUUUCUGUACAAUAUUUCCAAUUGUUUUUGUAGGAAGUGUCGAAAGGACAUUUAUUUACAUGUAUUCUUACAGAAGUCACUAUAUCACAAAAUUAUUUAUUGAAAAUAUUUUUUUACAUAACAAUUGGUGUGGAUGUUUGUGAUUGCCUGGAAAAAGGUAUGUUUUAAAAUAUUUACUUAGUGGAUAUUAUAUCCACCAACCAUAAAAUUAAAAGAAAAAUGUAAAUAAUUUGUAUAUUAUUAAUUAAUUAAGAAAGACAUGUCUUUUCGACUUAUGCAUGAGGGUAAACUGUUUUAUAAAUUACCUCAAUAAUGAACAUAAUUGUUAUUUAGGUACCUAACUACAGCUACAUUUCCUUUGAUUGUGCAUUUAAUUCUGUGAAAAUUUUACCAAUCAUGGUUUCAGGGUUAAUUUCCAGAUAUCACAAAAUAAAAAUAAUGCCAAACUAUUAUAUCCUGCUGUGAUUAAUAUUUAUUAAGUUUCCAAUAGGUUUCCCGAAAAUAUACACACGCGGGAAAUCACGUUUUUUACAAUAAUGAAGAGAUGGAAUGUAAAUUUUUAUUAAAACAAAAAAAAUUUGAUGUUUUUAUAAAAAUUCAGAUUUUUUCAAUUUAUUGACUAAGCAAAAAAAAGAUUAUUUAAAGUGUGAAGCUUUUUUUGUGGUAUCAGAACUCUAAUUCAAUUGGGGAUAGGUUUUGUUAAAGCUAGUCAUAUUUAUAAAAUAUUGUUAAUCAAUAUUUUUUUAUUGUUUAUAACAUGUUUAGGUUUUUUAGUAAAUUAUUUUUAAUACAUUAGAAGUAUUUUAAAUUGAAAAAACAUUGUGAAAAUGCUUUUAAAAAAUAAAAUAGCCAAUCUAAAAAUAAAUUAUUUUUCACUU